AGAACUCAUUGACAUUAGCUUCUCCAACAAAGAACUGCGCUCUUUAACUUGCCUUUAGUUUCUCUCAUCAUUUUUUCUAUAUAUCAUGAAGAAUUAUAGUUUACCAAUCUUCAAUUGUUUGUUUCUCCUGCUUCUUCUAUAUUGGCAGCCAAUAUCUGUUACUACUCAAACUGGUGAAGAACCUGAGUUUAACUAUAUUGAAGGGAGUCCAAAAGGACCCGAACAUUGGGGAGAACUUAAGCCAGAAUGGAAACUGUGUAAGAUUGGGCGUCAUCAAUCUCCAAUUGAUAUAUUGUAUAAGGACGUACGAGUUAACAUAAAUCUAGGAGAUCUGAGAUUGAAUUAUAAGGUAUCUAAUGCAAUCAUAAAGAAUACAGACAGUUAUGUCGAGGUUGAAUGGGUAGGUGAUGCUGGAUCAAUUCAAAUCGAUUACAAGCAAUACAGCCUCUCUCAUUGCCAUUGGCACUCACCUGCAGAGCAUCUCAUCAAUGGUAAGAGGUAUGACUUGGAGCUGCAUGUGGUUCACGAAAACACGCCAAAUCAAGUUUCUGUUGUACGUGCCCAGUUUUACCAAAUUGGUGAGCCCGAUUCAUUCCUGACAAAGUUCACAGAGGAGCUAAAAACUUUGGUUAAUAAUAAGGGAGAGAGAGCCAUAGGGGUAAUAGAUCCUAUAGACACGAACACAAAUACAUUCAUGUAUUACAGAUACGAUGGAUCACUUACAACACCUCCUUGUAAUGAAAGUGUUACUUGGAUCGUCAAUGGAAAGAUAAAUACUGUCUCCAGCAAACAAUUACAGUUACUUCGUGAAGCUAAUUUCGAUUUCCGUGGAGAGGAUAACGCAAGGCCUGUACAGGCUCUCAAUGACCGGAAAAUCUUCCUAUGGUGAAGGUCAUUAUACUGUAGUAAAGCAAUUCUUCCUCUAUGGCAAGAAAAGAGUUAUUCUACUGUAAUAAAGUAAUUCUUCCUCCA